AAGACAGCUGCCUUGCUUCUGAGGGAGGAUUUGCACAGUAGAGCAUACAUGAUACUUCUGGGCAAGACAGAAGAAACUCUGGAACCUUUUGGGAUUUUUCCCAAGCCUUCAGUAUGCCAUCAAUGAUGUUUGCCAGGAGCAGCAGUGCUGACAAACUAUGGGAAGUCCUGCUAAAACAUAAGGUUUCUUUAUCUCUCAUUUUGCUUCAUUUGUGUCUGGCUUCUUCAGGUAGAGCUGAAAAUGGUUCCUUAGGACGAUACAGAGCUGUGUUUAAUACUUCAUGUGAUGAUGUCUGGACUUUGUCACCUGGAAUUUCUGUGCCUGCACUUACUAACUUCACAGCCUGUGUUUAUCUUAAACUGUACAGUCUAAAACAUUCUUGGACAGCCUUCAUCUACAAUAAGGUACCUGAUGGCAAUGCAUCAGCAUCAAACCACUAUGAACUUGGACUUACAGGGGGACAUGACAAAUUGACAGUAUGGAUAUUUGGUAAAGAAAUAACCUGGUCAGAAAAACUGGAUGAAAACACCUGGUACCAAAUAUGCAUAAGAUGGAAAAAUGAUGAACAAGAAGUUAGUGUAUAUAUAAAUGAUGAAAGAAAGAAAACUGAAAAAAUAUCUAAAUCUAGGCACCUCCUUGCAGAUGGGCAGCUUUUACUUGGUUGUUCACAAAUUCCUGGAACGUCGUCAUCUUCUCCAGAAGGGAUGGUUGGUGAACUUUACAUGUUCAGAAUGUGGGCAAAUGGAGGUAUAAAUUAUACACAAGACUGCCGAGAUGGCACCAUUAUACGCUGGAGGAAGGACAACUGGGUCUUUAAUAAGACAGCAGAAUACAGCAGAUCUUUGCCUUGUGCCAAUGCUGUUGAUCUUUCAUUAAGAAGUAGAAAAACUUCAAGCACACCAGCAGACUCCUCCAUUGUCACUUUUGUCACCUACCCUAAUGGUGCUUCAGAUUCAUCUUCAGAUGAAACCGUUAAUCCUGCAGAAGCAACUAGUGGGAUACCACUCUCAUCAGCAACAGCUGGAACAACUAAUCAACAGGGACUUUUCUCAGUGACAACUGGGAUGGAACAUUUCUCUGAAAUAACUACAACAGGGAUCCAACAGCUCUCAUCAAUUACUGGAGCAUCUAGUGGGCCGGUACCAUUAUCAGUAACAGAAGGUACAACUAGUGGACUACAACAUUCCUCAAUGACUAUUAGGAUGAAAAGUUUCUCAGACUCAGCUGAUACAACUAGUGGGACUAAACAUUUCUUAGCAACAACUGGGACAGAAACUUUCCCAGAAACAACUGCUAUAGACACAAUAAUGAAUACAGGAGAAGGUGGUUCAUCAGCUUCUACUAAUGUGGUUGGAACAAAGGGUUUAGAUAAUAAUGUUUGUAACUUAUCGGCCCUCUGUAAUGACACAGUCUUCUACAUGGGCACUAAAAACUUUCAGACCAAUGACAACAACUCCGAUACUUCAUACAACCUAAAAGUACAUUAUCAUGACACCAGUCAGUACCAAUUAAAAGCUUCUUCAACUGCACUGCCAGAAAUGAAAAUUUCAGAAUUCAACAAAACACUUCAGAGGUUAAGUCAGUCAUAUCUUCUGCAAUGUAAUAAAGUGGACCAGAGUAGUACAUCAGAAUGCAGUUUCAUAAUAAAGCUGCAGAAAAAUAUGAAUAUUAGUGCCAUCUUGUCCUAUUUGAAAGAAAAAGCAGAAAUUGGCCAAGCUGAGUCAUGCUGUUGUUCAUCUUUGGAUCGUCACUUUUGUCCUUCAACGGUUGAAGAGCUGAGACUACUGCAGUGUGGUAUGCAUGAAACAGUUGCCUGCAGUGGCUCUAGUACUCAAUACGUACCAGUUUCACCUGCGACUCCUUCCACUGUUGUAACUCAGUAUAAUGCUCCUUCCUAUGAACAAGACUCCGUCUCUCCCACUCCCCUGACAGAGAUGACAACGGCAGAUAUUUCUAGUGGACCUGCUACUCAGAGUACAAAUACAUUUCUGCCUACAUCUGCACCACCUACAAAGUCUGAUGAUGCAGUUACUUCUACCACUUCUUUUGAAACAACUAACUCAUUCUCUUCAACAACAUCAUCUAUCAAAUCUACUACUACUUCUGUAGAGUAUUCUAGCACACCACUCACUGCAGUGUCUACAAUGAACAUUUCUGUUGAUGUGCCUUUGACCCCUGACAAAAAUGGAAGUCUUAAUAAACCCAACACAGAACAUGUAUCACAAAAUCGCUUGAAUGAUACUGAUCCUAGUAAUGCUACAGAUUUUGAGAAAAUAGUUUCUCAGCUGGAGAACAACUUGACUGCUGAAAGUAUAGCUCCAUCUUUUGCAAAAUCAAUGGUGGAUAGUGUUAGUUUUCUCCUGGAUAAGCAUCAUUUACAGAUCUCCUCAAUGUCUAAAAGAAUAAUACAAAUAGUGGAUGCAAUUGGCUUAAAACUGAACUUCUCGACAGAAUCAAUUAGUUUGACUUCCCCUUCCUUGGCACUGGCAGUCAUGAAAGUCAACAGCACCUCCUUUCACGGUGUUUCUUUUGCUGUAGAAGAUUCCUCAGACCUUCAGGUUGUUCUUGGAACUCAAGUACCUAGAAACAGUGUUGGAGCCAUAAGAGUUCCAUCAUCAGUGAUAACAAAUUUGUCUCCUGGAGAUAAGCAUCAGGCUUCUAGAAUUACCUUUAACUUCUUUGAGAAGACAACUCUCUUCCAGGAUCCUUCACUGAAAAAUGUGUCACUGAUCAGCCAUGUUAUAUCAUCAAGUGUUGCUAACCUCUCAAUUACCAACUUGAAGAAAAAUGUUACAGUCACCCUGCAAAAUGCUGGACCCAGUCAGGAGAAUUCAACUGUCAGAUGUGCCUUUUGGGACUUCAGUAAAAAUGGUGGGAAUGGAGGCUGGGCCUAUGAUGGGUGCACAGUUAAAGAGAGAAGAACAAAUGAAACAGUCUGUAGCUGCAACCACCUCACUAGUUUUGGCGUUUUACUGGAUUUAUCUAGAAGUGCCCCUCCAUCUCCUAUCCAAGUGCUAAUUCUAACCUUCAUCACAUACAUAGGCUGUGGCCUUUCCGCCAUUUUUCUUUCUGUUACUCUUGUUACAUAUAUUGCGUUUGAGAAAAUCCGAAGAGAUUAUCCUUCUAAAAUCCUUAUUCAACUCUGUGUUGCAUUACUUUUACUGAACCUAGUGUUUCUUCUGGAUUCCUGGAUUGCACUAUAUAAUAUCCGAGGAUUGUGCAUUUCAGUUGCUGUGUUUCUUCACUAUUUCCUUUUGGUUUCUUUCACCUGGAUGGGACUUGAAGCUUUUCACAUGUAUCUUGCUCUUGUCAAAGUAUUCAACACCUAUGUCAGGAAAUACAUCCUAAAGUUCUGCAUUGUUGGAUGGGGGGUACCAGCAGUAGUGAUAGCUAUUGUAUUGGCAAUAUCUCCAGAUAACUAUGGACUUGGAUCAUAUGGAAAGUUUCCCAAUGGCUCACCUGAUGAAUUCUGCUGGAUUAACAACAAUAUUGUCUUUUACAUCACUGUGGUGGGAUACUUCUGCAUGAUAUUCUUGCUGAAUAUCAGCAUGUUUAUAGUAGUGCUGAUUCAGCUUUGCCGAAUCAAAAAGAAGAAGCAACUUGGUGCCCAGCGGAAAACCAGUAUUCAAGAUCUCAGGAGUGUUGCUGGCCUUACUUUCUUACUGGGAAUUACUUGGGGAUUUGCCUUUUUCGCAUGGGGUCCUGUAAAUCUUGUAUUUAUGUAUCUCUUUGCCAUCUUUAACACCUUGCAAGGAUUCUUCAUUUUUAUUUUCUACUGUGUUGCAAAGGAGAACGUUCGGAAACAAUGGAGAAGGUAUCUGUGUUGCGGGAAAUAUAGGCUGGCUGAAAAUUCUGACUGGAGUAGAACGGCUACUAAUGGUUUAAAAAAGCAGAAUGUUAACCAGGGUGUGUCCAGUUCUUCCCAUUCCUUACAAUCAAAUAGUAACUCUACCAAUUCCACCUCAAUGCUAAUGAAUAAUGAUUAUUCAGUGCAUGCAAAUGGGAAUGGUAAUGUGUCUAGUGAAAAGAACGGUGUUUCUUUCAAUGUACAGAAUGGCGAUGUGCGACUUCCUGACUUCUCAGCAAAACAGCUUACAUUUCAAGAGAACAAUGACACAGGACACAAAAAAUCUUGCAUUUCAUUGCGAAGGACUUCAAAGAGGGGGAGCCUGCACUUCAUUGAACCUAUGUGACAUUUAAAAAAUAAAAUAAAAUAUUCCUAUUGUUUCACAAAGUGGCAUGCAGGUUUAUUUUAACUGUUUAAUAUAAUGUGAGAAGACCAAAUUGUGAAAAGACUAAAAAAGACAUUUAAUAUACAAUAGCAAAGCUUUAAGGCAACAUCAGUUUGUCAAAUAGUUUGUAUUAUUCUUUCUUUUAAUGUCAUUGGUAUUAAUUGAAAAGGUACUUUGGAUAUAGCAUUAUGGUUGGAAAACAUGACCAGCAUAAUUUGAGUUUUAGAAAACCCUUUUACAAUUUGAACUUGUGGCUGAAAACUAGGAAUAACUCAGAACUUUAUGCAGUAAUGUUGUAUUAACAUAGAAAAGCUAAAUAUUGAAAGUGAUACUUAAAUUGCCUUUCAAAAUAAUGUGAUGCCUAUGUCUUCCUUUUAAUAGGACACAGUAACAGACAUCAUAGUAUUGUAUAUAGUCUAAACAACAUCUACCCUCAGUUAUCUGAUAAUUUUAUAUUUAUUUCUUGUAAAUUAAAUUUAAUAUUUCUUUGUAUAGAAAAAAAAUAGUUGUCUGGACUCUUGAAGCUUUAUUUUAAUUAUACGUGUGUACAAAGUUAAUUAUUCCAGUUAACUUAUUGGUGUUUACAUAGAACGUUUGCCUUGUAUGCAAAAUGAUAUUAAACAGUUCCCCUACACCUUGGGAAGAAGAUCAAAAUGUAAAUAUAACUCCUGUCACCAAAGAAGCUCUAACUCCUUGAAGGUUGAUUAUGUUUAUUGUCAACAGUCAUGCAUUCCAUAGCAUAUGCAAGGCUGAGAAGAAAACAGUCUAUCCACUCAGCAGACAGCCAUGCACAUGAGCUGUCCAGGAAUGGAAUCAGGAUGCAGCGGGGAGAUGAAGCAUCAUUUUGAUAAUCAAGUAUCCACCCAUUCGCAGAUCUGGCUUUCAGUACAUCUGUGUGUGUCAGACUCAUUUUAUCUACGUACUGCUUGUGUAACAUAGAACUGUCUUGUUCAUUUCAAUACAGUAUUUACAUUGUACCUCAGUGGCUUUAAAAUUACAAACAACCUAGGUAGAAAUGUACCUGUUAAAUAAUGUGAGUUGCUUAAUAAGUAAGCAUCCACCUAAAUUGCUGUUAUUGUUAGUUAUCAUAAGCACCUAAUAUUACCUAGGUGAUGUACAAAGAUGAAAUCAAACAAGAUUUUAU